AUGAUGGACAAUCAGCCGCCCCUCACAUCACCGGAUGGAUCCAGUAAUGGGAACCCACCAGAGAGAUGUCCCCGUCUUCAGUAUUCCCAGGAUUCCACACAGGAAGGUCACACCAUCCCCCACCAUCAUCAGGUAGAUGGAUCCAGUAAUGGGAACCCACCAGACAGAUGUCCCCAUCCUUUGUAUUCCCGGGAUUCCACACAGGAAGGUCACACCAUCCCUCACCAUCAUCAGAUAGAUGAAUACAGUAAUGGGAACCCACAAGAGAGAUGUCCCUGUCCUCUGUAUUCCCGGGAUUCCACACAGGAUGAUCACACCAUCCACAUAAGGUUAAAGAAGAGAUAAAGGAGGAAGAGGAUGAGGUUGAUGUGAUGGAGGAAUGGAUCCAGUCAUGGGAACCCACCAGAGAGAUGUCCCCGUCCUCUGUAUUCCCGGGAUUCCACAAAGGAAGAUCACAUCAUCCCUCACCAUCAUCAGGUAGAUGGAUCCAGUAAUGCAUCAUCAGGUAGAUGGAUCCAGUAAUGGGAACCCACCAGAGAGAUGUUCCCAUCCUCUGUAUUCGCGGGAUUCCACACAGGAAGGUCACACCAUCCCCCACCAUCAUCAGGUAGAGUGAAGAAUUGAGAGAUAUGAAAGUCAAGAUUAAACAAGAAGAAGAAGAGAUGUUUGUGAAGGAUGACCAGCUGUCUUCAGAGGAAGUCGGGAUAAUGGUGACAAUCAAAGAAGAGGAAUCUUCUGACGUCAUGAUGGACAAUCAGCCGCCCCUCACAUCACCGGAUGGAUCCAGUAAUGGGAACCCACCAGAGAGAUGUCCCCGUCCUCUGUAU